AUGACGCGACCUCUGGACCUUCCUUCUUCUCACUCUUCACCCAACACUCUCAUUGAACUAUACCUCCUCUACUUCUACCUUCUCUUACUCUAUCUCCUCUUUCUCUACCUCAUUUUUCCUUUGCCUCCGCGGUCCAUAAUGAGCGAAGUGUCAGCGGCGAGCCCCGAGCCGCCGGCGACCGCUACCGCCUCGGCCUCACCCUUUCUCGUGAUCCAAGACCAUUCUCUCUGGCACGAUGGCGACUUUGUCCUCAUGUCCAGUGAUGGGUGGCGAUUCCGCGUCCUGUCGCAUCACCUCUUCUCGGCCAGCCCCGUCCUGCGCGACGCACCCUCCACCGGCCUGCAGCAGAUUGAGUUCACGGACGAAGUGCUCGAGCGCGCAGUCGUCAUCGACCUCGCCCUAAACCUGAUUGUUCACAAUCGCCUAACCCGUGACAAGUACGACCACCUUCCCCGCCAGCCCAAUGACGAUUGCGAAGCUGAUGAGGACGAUGAGUUCGACGACACCUACCCCGAGUAUGACGGCAACCCACCUGCGCUCUCUGGAGGUCAACUGAACCUGUACUGCGACGUCAUUCUGUUCUUGCAGAAGUGGGACUGCGCCGCCGCUCUUCGUGCAUUCGGCCUCGGCAUUCUGGAACUCCUCGUUAUGCGCCGCAUCCGUCCCGCAGAUGCGCUCACCUUGGGCAUGCUCAGCAGCGACGCUGAUCUGUGCGCCGCCACCAUGUCCAGCACAAUCGGGUGCAAAACAUUGCGCUUGGCCAAUUUCCCGCUCCGUGUUUGGGAACGCGCCGAGCCCAGGUUUCUCUGGGCCAUGGGGAUGGCGCGCGAGCUUCAGGUGGAGGGGGAAGAUCUUGGGUCGCUGUUUCUGCAAGAGCUGCAAGUCGCUGAGGAAGGAGAGCUGUCCAAGUAUGUACUGCAGGGAACGGAGGGUCUAACAGCAGGGGACCGAUCUUCUACUGAGCAAGCAAUCAAUCGCACACUGUGCAGUGCUUGCGGCGAACACUUGGAACCCUGGACGCUUCUUGAUGAAAUUGCAGUUCAGCGUCUCACCUAG